UGAAUUGUCUGGCUGUGCUGCGUCACCACGCCGCGUACAGUAUGAGGAGUAGGGUGGGGCAAUCGGGGAACUCCAUCAUCUCCUCCAUCAGAUAGAGCUCAACCUAUGUGUGUGGAUCUAUGCUGUGAGAGUGGCUGGGCCUUCUGUUUGCCCAGACCAGGGGCGGGCAACCCCCAGCCCGUGGCCCAUAUCCGCCCCAUGAAGGCCUAGCAUCCACCUCGCCACCCUGCUAGGCAAUAACAUCGCAAUCCGGCCCUCGAAACCCCAGGAAAAAAAAUAUGGCAAACAUCAUCUGCUGGCAAAUACUGCUUGUCAAGCCUGCGCUCCUCACCUCACUGCAAGAGUUGCCAGGCGUCAUGGCGGAUGACAAGACACAGAUCCGUGAGGGGUGUGUGGUGCUGGUGCAGAAAGGGGCGUACCUCAAAACCUGCCGACUGUUUAAAGGAAGGUCAUACACAUUUGGAAAGCGAGGGGAUGGUCAGUUCACUCUGAACCUGGAUGGCGCCCUCAGCUGCCCCUACGGGUCCUCCUUCCGCAUGGAGAAGGUGUCCAACAGGUUGUUCAGCGUUACCCGGGAGGAACACCCGAUCAAAUCUCUCGACAUCGUCAAGGAAGGAGGAGUGGACAACAGGGACUUGCAGGAUGAUGGGCGCUCACAGAAACUAACACCAGAGGAAAUACUUAAGCUCAAGAAUAAAGGGCUGACAGGGAAAGAGGUCAUUCAAGUAAUAACAGAAAACAGUUCCACCUUCAGAGACAAAACUGUAUACUCACAAGAGAAGUAUGUGAAUAAAAAGCAGAAGAAAUAUGGCGAAGUAAUCACCGUUCACAGGCCUACUAUACGUCUCCUGAACAACAUGUUCUACGUACAAGAUCCGCUCAAAAUUGCGAAUCUUCGUAUUGACACACUGUCUCAACUUUUGUGUCACUGCAACAUCCAGUCUGGCGGCAACUUUGCCAUCUUUGAGUCUGGCACGCAGGGCCUGGUGACGGCCGCCAUGCUGCACCGCAUGGGCACUGCUGGCCACCUGGUGCAGGUGUAUCACGGGGGACACCCACAGAGGGAAGCCGUGGACCUCAUGAACUUCACGGAGCAAGAACUGAGAGUCUUAUCUUUUAUCAAUGUCACUAAACUGCCGGACACCACACAGAGCAACGAUCUUACCUCACCCACCACCACCACCACCACCACCACUAGUGCCACGGAACCAAUGGAGACAAAUGAAAAGAAAAUGAAGGUUGAUGUAGGAGAUGGACACGUCCAAAACAACAAGGAGAGUAAAGAAGAGGAACAGAACUGUGAAAAUGAUGAACUGACAAACCUCUCCAAUAAAGAAUGUGAGAGUCAGGACACCAAAGAGCAGCAGAACAGUGAAAAGACCAAGCAGCAGGAAACUCCAGAGGGUAAAGAGCAGGAGCAGGAAACUCCAGAGGGUAAAAAGCAGGAGCGGGAAACUCAAGGAGGAGAGGAACAACCAAAGAAACAGUUGCCUCCAAGGCCUCGGAGGUUUGUGAGGACACAGGCGGAGGACCUGAGCAUGUCGUCGGAGGUGCUGGCGCGGGGCGUGGUGGGCCUGGUGGUGGCCUGCCGCCAGUACCCUAACAAUGUCACCAGAGAGAUGCUGCCCUUCCUCAAGCCUGGCAACCCCUUUGUUGUGUUCUCGCCUUACAAAGAGCCCCUGAUGGAGCUCUACUCUGAGGUGAGGGCACUGGGAGGCACCAACUUGAGAUUGAGCGAGACCUGGCUGCGGCACUACCAGGUCCUGCCGCAGCGCACACACCCAGCCAUCAACAUGUCCGGCGGGGGCGGCUACCUCCUCUACGGCACCAAGGUCAUCAAGGAGCCGUAGACCUUGCCAGUUUGCCCUCGGCUUUGCUCUACAAGGUAAGAUCUCGCUGAAUAUUUGUCAUGAUUUCAAAAAAGUUAAAUCUUAUUGUAAUGACAUGACUGAUUAGCUGGGAAAUAGUUCAGUGGAUACGAGAGAGAGAACGUUGUUUCCUGGUCUUUUUAGCGAAGGUAUUUAUUUUUUUGUACCUUCAAAUACCCAUACUUCUGCUGGUUAAGUAGGGGUCCAAAGCCUAGGACUUGAACUCUUUCAAGAGGAGGGUAUCAGGACAUCUCUCCUCCCGUAUUUGACCUUGCUUUUGGACACCUCUUUUGUUUCUUUUUUAGGAGCAGCGAGUAGCGGGCUUUUUUUUUAUUAUUGUUUACUUUUAUUGUGUGUGCCCUUGAGCUGCCUCCUUUGUUGUAAAAAAAAAAAAAAAAUGUGUGAAAAGUGAUGUAAAUAAAACUGCGCUGGUUGAAGGCGACUGACUGUAUGGCUUUUAAAAUUGAUGCAUUGCCGUCACCUUAAAAGUAGUUCACAUGGUGGCGUCUCGUGUUGUGUUGGUCAUUAUGGAAAUUUGUGUCUUCCGCUGGGUAAAGCAAAAAACAUCAAAGUGAGCUUGCAGACAUGAGUGUUACUGUUAUCAUCUUGGUAUGAUGGCUCACAGCUCAAGUUAUGGGAGGCGAAAAAAUGUUCGCCCCAAAUGUUCCUUCAGGAGGAGUGUAUCAGGACACCUCUCCUCCUGAAAUUGACCUCUCUUUUGGCCACUCCUCUUAACUCUUUGGAUAGGAACAGUGAUUUGCAGGCUUUUUUUUUUUUUUUUUUUUUUUUUUUUUGAGCUGUUUUCUUUACUGUAAAAAAAAAAAAUCCCUCCUUUCAAGACAUCCUCACCUUUAACAAGUGCUUACUCUGCUCACGAUCACCCAACGGAGGUUCUUACUCUGCUGCGUCUGUGUGUCGCUGAAACAAUGCCGGUUCAUAUGUUUUUGUUGUGAUCCGAUACUAAUUUGUGAACUAUUUUUGUAAUAUAUUUAUAUGACUAGGCAAGUGUCUUUAAUAAAAUAUCAUAUCUGAAGGGG